CGCCUACAGUAGUACCUAGUGCUACGAGGCAACGAAGCUAUUUUUCACUGUACAGGAGCACAAGGCUGAUCAGGCUAGCUAGGCCUGGUCAGGCAGAAAUUCCCCUUCCUGAAACUUGUUAGGCCUGGUCAGGGGGGCACAUCCUGACAGAACUAAUUAUGCCUAGCUCGCCAAGAUCUGGCCGACCCGGGCAAAUGCAAGUUUUGCGACAGAAUCACUCAUUGGCAACUACGCGUGGUGUUCAAAUAUUCGUGUGUUUGCGGAGGAGCUCCGGUCAUGCAGGAUCAUGCUCAAUAUCUUCUCAUCCACGAGCCGGAUGUCUGAAGCUAGAGGCCGUCACUGAUACUACCGAACAGUUUCCUGGCCCGGGAAGGAGACCACCGGGGGUCCCUUCAGAGCUCGUAGCCUCUCUCAUCGUGUUAUAAAGACAUGCCAUCUCGACACAUUUAUCGCCCAUUCCCCAGUUCUGCUCUCUCUCAUUCGGACUGAGUUCUCCUGGUUUCGAACGCGCCACCUACUACCUGUCAUUCUUUCACGGCCGUCUCGACACUAAU